AUGACACACCCAGCCAAACGUCAGAGACAGCGAAUCUCGUUGGUGUGUGCUUAUUGCAAGAGAAGAAAGAUCAAAUGCGAUAGGGAAAGGCCGUCGUGUGCAACGUGUAAGAGACUAGGGAUUGGGUGCCAUUACAAUGACACCUCACACUGGGUCCAUAGCACGCCCGUGGUGGAUGGUGAGUGUGUGGAUAUUGGCCGUGAAGCUGCGGACUUUGGUGAACAGCAGCAGCAUCAACAGACACAGCAACAGCAGCAGGUACCACAGCAAGCAUCACAGCAGCAACAGGCACUGUCGUACUCUACUAAGACCCCCACGGAAACGGUGCAGGACCAGUCUCUUGUGGAGUCCCUAAGGGAAGAAGUGGAACAGUUGAAGUCCAUGUUGACGGACAAGAAAGCGGCAGAUGAUGAUGAGGAUAUACGGAUCAACUACUUCUCACAGUACAACUCCCUGUCGUUGAAGAGGUCCUCCCAUGAAGACCACAAACCUCUCUGUCCGGUCACACUGCACAAGCGAGACCACUACGUUGCCUUCUUCGUGUGCUAUCUAUUCCUGGCGUUCAAGAUCUCGUCCGAUAAGAGAGAAUACCCUCACAUGUCGAAAUGGAUCAAGCUGCUGGACCUGGAACAUGACGACAAGCAACUCAAGGAAUUCGUCAACGAUAUAGUCCGUGAUAGGCCCAUGGUGAAGACACUGCACGUGAUGGGCACGUCCUUGGAUAAGGAGUCCUUGGUGGAGGAGAUCGUGAGCAUAUUGCCUGAUUUCAACGUGACACACUGCUAUCUGAAGGUGUUUCUGCAGAACUUAUGGAUCUAUAGGCCAUUUCUUGACAGAGAUACGUUCCUGCUGACCAUUAACAGAAUCAUCGUCAAGGAUGAAAGAUCUCCAAAGAGGCUCAGGCUCGUCCUGACAGAACGAGACGAUAUUGCCGUGAUGUCGAUGUUCAUCAUCCUGCUGAGGUAUACCUAUGUCUUUGUGAAGGUUAUGGAUGCAGACAAGAUCACAGAUGAAGACUACCUGACCAUUCUACAACACCCGACCGGUGCGAUGGUGCUGGCAACUGCGUAUAGAUGUCUAUCUGAAUAUAACAUCUUUAGAAAAAGCACAUUGACAACAUUACAGGCCCUGGUGUAUCUCAAGUGUUACUAUAGGGAUUCGCCAGAGGACUGUGAUGGGAUGGGCUUGUUCAAGUCGCAGAAUCUGUUUGGAGUGAUACUACAAUCAGCGUUACAGAUGGGGCUGAACAGAGAUCCUUCCUUCUUCAACCAAAUCAGAGAUAACGUUGCUGAGUGUAAUCUGAGAAGAUGUAUAUGGCACCAUCUGACAGCCAUUGAUGCGUAUACCUGUGUUGUGUCUGGCUCACUGCCAAUAGUCCCAGACCAAUCGUUUGUCGAUGUCCAGUUCCCACUGAUGGACUCGAUUGACGAGCUGGCUCACUUCCAAAGAGAUAUGAUCAUCAGAGCUACAACGAUACAUAGAUUGUACCUCAAGAUCUCCAAGUGUGUGAACAAUGUCAAGGAAUUCACCAGUUUGAACGAGCUGACGAGGCUACUCCAGGAGUCCAGAGAAUAUGCCGAUUCUGCCCUGAGCAUUGAGUCCAUGGUGGUGCUAACCUCGUCUAAUGAGAAAUACGGCAAGAGACUGAACGGCUAUUGUCUAACUAUACAACUGAUACAGGCGAUGGUGGAGGCACAGGUAUCGUUCCUCACUGGACUGCACUUUGAGUCCAAUAGGUAUGUCGAUAUACCAAGGUAUUUGAAAUACUGUACUUUGACAAUUGGAUCCAUCUGUAAAGUGGUGGACUUGUCAUGUGCCUAUCUCACGGGCGAAUUCGACGACAGAGUACCACAGGAGUGCAAUUUUGAAACAAUGCCAGUGAUUAUAAGUGGGUUUGAAAGAGCACUGAUUACCUGUAUUGCCAUGCUUUUACGGUUCUACCAACUCAGAGAGGUUCUUACGUCAAAGAAUGGGACAAAUGGGUUAACAGUUGACUAUGUCGAUUGCCAGAUUAACAGGGUGAUCGUGGUGUUUGACCUGAUCCUUGACUUGGUGAAGAACAAGCUGGCAACCAAGUACUACUCCGCACUGAAGUUCCUGUCCUUCUUCAAAUACGCAGGCAUCAUCUUGAGAACUCAUAAGUUCAAUGCCAUGCUCAAGAUUGUCCGAUUCCUGGAGUCUAACGAGAAAGAUGGGUUGGAUGGUGAUGUCAAGAUCUCACAGUCCAAGAGAGAGGACAUCAGAAAGGGGUUCCAGAGGGUUCAUUCCCUGAUCAAUCAGAAUACAGAAUGGAUGCAAGUGUCGAGUUUCGGCAAACGAUCAAGCAGCACAAAGGAAAAGGACACUGUUCACAUUGUCAAUUUUAACAAUUCUAACCUCAUGUUGGAUAUGAACAAGGAUCAAUUCCAGUAUAUAUGUGAUGCGUUUAUACAGUUCAAGUACUCCUCCUAUCUAAAGGAGAAAGUGGCCAACGGCGAGGUCGAUAGCAUGGCUCAUAUGACAGCUCCGGUUGUACCAACAGAGGAUGAAGUUGAGAGACUGGUUGUCAGUAACGAUUCUGGUGACCUGAUUGAUCCCUUUAACCAAUUGGAGCUAUUUCUCAUGGAUGAUGACCUCUUUGACCAAAUGAUGGGCGAAUACCAGAGUUGA